GUUCAACUACCGCCAUGAUUCUCAUGCUAUUAGUCUAUGAGGUUUAGUUGUAUUAGUGGCAUGGAUGUUUUCUGAAUAUCCGAGAUCCCCAUCGGUCUACGAACAUUUGACUGUUAGUCGGGAGCCCUACGCCCCGCUUCAAUAGUAGGAGUCGAGGGUGCGACCAAAGCCACACAUACCACCAGAUGUCAGCUAUACGGCAUCAACCUCAUCUAUGGUAGUAUCUCCUUUCAGAUCGUGAAACAAAGAGAAAUCCCAGCACAAUGAAUCCCGAGACCCCCGCAUACGAAACUUUCCCGAUCACCGUGGAAGGGAACCCCCUGCAAAUAUCCGCGCUGAUCCGCCGGGGCCGGCAACCCGCCAUCCUGUGGCUGCACGGCUUCGGCUCGUGCAAAGAGGAGCUGCACGAUCUGAUCUUCCAGCGACCGCUGAAGGAGCACACCUUCCUCGCCUACGACGCGCCCGGGUGCGCCGCGACACACACCGCCGACCCGAGCGCCGCCACCAUCGCCUUCAUGGUCGCCACCGCGGAGGCCGUGCUGCACCACUACGGCGUCGACCGCUUCCACCUGAUCGGCCACUCGAUGGGCGGGCUCGUGGCCCUGAUGCUGGCCGAUCGCCACCCGGACCGCAUCCUCAGCUUCGUCGAUAUCAAGGGCAACCUGACCCUGGAGGAUUGCUUCCUCAGCCGCCAGAUCUUCACCCACCCCGGGUCCACCCCGGAGGAAUUCUUGGAGAUGUUCAUCGAGCGCACGCGCAGCAACCCGGCCUAUUCGACCGCCCUGUACGCGUCGACGCUGCCCGCGCGCGUCCGGCCCGCCGCGAUCGAGCCCAUCUUCCGGUCCAUGGUGGAGCUGUCCGAUGGCGGGGACCUGAUGGACCGCUUCCUGGCGCUCCAGUGUCCCCGGAUGUUCAUGUACGGCGAGCUGAACCGCGACCUAUCGUAUCUGGGCACCUUGCGCGAGCACGGGGUCGCCUUGGCGGAGAUCCCCCAGAGUGGCCACUUCCCCAUGUAUUCCAACCCUGUAGACAUGUUUGGGCGUAUUGUCGGGUUCAUGAAGAGCAGUGCGGUGAUCUAGAGCAUUAGAUUGUAGAUGGUUGGCGGCAGUAUGCUACGAAAAGUAUGGUUCUGCUUUUCUGAGAUACAAAAGUAUGGGUUAAUGGGAUGAGUGGGCUUGAGGAUUUCCAUGGGUUAUAUAACAGUAACUGUGCCGGUGGAUUGCUUCCAGAUAUUUGCAUCGAUAUCGGGCUGCU